UUCACAAUGAGCUGAUAUCUUGCCUCACAACCAUAAGAAGAUGGAUAUGAAUCUGACGACUGUGGUGGACAGUGGGUAUCUGGAAGCUGACCCUUCCACGCGCGUCCUGACUGGAUGCUUCCUGUCCCUGCUCAUACUGUCCACACUGCUGGGCAACACUUUGGUGUGUGCCGCCGUCACCAAAUUCCGCCACCUCCGCUCCAAGGUCACCAACUUCUUUGUCAUCUCGCUGGCCGUGUCGGAUCUGCUAGUGGCUGUGCUCGUGAUGCCAUGGAAGGCCGUGACGGAGAUCACAGGCUUCUGGCCGUUCGGCGCCUUCUGCGACGUGUGGGUGGCCUUUGACAUCAUGUGCUCCACGGCGUCCAUCUUGAAUCUGUGCGUCAUCAGCGUGGAUCGCUACUGGGCCAUCUCCAGCCCUUUCCGCUACGAGAGGAAGAUGACCCCGCGUGUGGCCUUCAUUAUGAUCAGUGCCGCCUGGACGCUGUCUGUCCUCAUUUCCUUCAUCCCCGUCCAGCUCAACUGGCACAAGGCGGCUCAGCAUCCCCAUCAUCAACUGCAGAGGGACCAGUCCCCUGCAGGCUCCAUGUCCGAGGCGGCGGCAGCGGCCAAUGGCUCCCUCGGGAGGCCUCUGGCAGGGGUGAAUUGUGACUCCAGCCUCAAUCGGACGUACGCCAUCUCCUCAUCGCUGAUCAGCUUCUACAUCCCCGUGGCCAUCAUGAUCGCCACGUACACGCAGAUCUACCGCAUCGCCCAGAAGCAGAUCCGCCGCAUCUCGGCGCUUGAGCGCGCCGCCGAGAGUGCCAAGAACCGCCACAACAGCAUGGGCGGCAACUCCACGGCCGAGUCCGAGAGCUCCCUCAAGCUCUCGUUCAAGCGCGAGACCAAGGUCCUCAAGACCCUCUCCAUCAUCAUGGGGGUGUUUGUGUGCUGCUGGUUGCCCUUCUUCGUCCUGAACUGCAUGGUGCCCUUCUGCCAGCGCGAGGCAGGCAGUGGAGGAGGCGGCGGCAGAGGUGGACGGAUGGACUUUCCCUGCAUCAGCUCGACCACCUUCGACAUCUUUGUGUGGUUCGGCUGGGCCAACUCCUCACUCAACCCCAUCAUCUACGCCUUCAACGCCGACUUCCGCAAGGCCUUCGCUAUCCUCCUGGGCUGCCAGAGGCUCUGCCCUGGCAACGGAGGGGUGGAGACGGCCAGCCUGAACAAGACCUGAAGGGCCAGCUGCUAUCCACGCCGCCUCCACCAUCACCACAACAACAACAACAACAACAACAACAACAACCACCACAACAGAUGGG